AAUCUGUCGAUACGGAAUACUCCUCCGGGCAAGGUAAGAGUGACGCACAGUCGAAAUACGCAUCAUGGAUCCAUGUUCGAGAACAUCGGGACUCCCUUAUUCACUCAUGCUGCUACACGCAACUCGGCAUUUCUUGGUUCGUCUCGUACGAUUACGAUAGCAAACGCAUCGCAGCCCAAAAACUUCGAUUCGAGUAGCUUUUUCUCAAUACCGACCUUAUGGGAAAAUAUCGUUCCAGGAGCGGCUGUCUGACCUGCCGUGCCCGUCGCGUCAAGUGCGACGAGACAAAACCCAUCUGCAACGCGUGCAAGAAGAAAAAUCGUCCGUGUCAAUGGGAAGCACCGCACACCAAGUUCAAGGACUAUCAACCGACUGAACGAUCACCCAGCACGGCUCUCACUAACGGUGAUGAAGACGAAAACAUGGAGAUCGAUAGCGAUGGCAUCGAUGGCGACGGUGUUGAUGGUGGAGACAGUCAGACGGUCUCAAGUGGAUCGCAAUUGGUCCGGGACAACAGCCGGUCCGACAGUCACGUGGCAACAUCAGCAAGCGCUGCUACUCCAUCAUCAUCGGGCAUCCAGCGUUCACCAAGUUCACCGUUCUUGAUUACAGGCUCGACAAGCUCAGCGGGUGGUGUUCCAAGUGGGAACCUGCAGUUCUUGCGGCUUGAGGAGGGGAGACGGACCUUCAAGGAUCCCAUCACCCUCACACACGACGAAGCCUUGCUUGUGCAUCAUUACACAGAACAUCUUGGCAGGUGGCUCGACUGCACUGAUGCGACCCGUCAAUUUACGUUGGGGGUUCCGGAGAAGGUAAAAAAAUGCCCAGUUCUGUGUCAUGCAGUCUUGUCGUUUGCAGCUCGCCAUCGCAGGGAUGAUGUGACGGCCGAGGCAGCAUACCAGCACUGUAUCGCACUGCUCAUCGAUCGUCUCAAUGACGAUACUGCCAGUCACGACGAAACGCUUUUGUGUGCUAUCGUCAUCCUACGUUUUUACGAACAGCUCAACGUCCCAUCGAGUACGGGCUCAGACGACGAGCAGCAUCUGGCAGGUUGCUCAGCCAUUCUACGUGCGUCACAGGGUCACCAUUUUGUUGACCCUUCUGCGCCUUCGUUGCGCGAAGCUGCCUUCUGGGUCUAUGUCCGCCAAUGUCUUUACAACGCCACCAUCAAUCAGCAACCGCCAGACAUAGACUUUUCGCUGCAGCUUCAUCCUGCUCCAGGUUCUAUGCAAGACUCGCACCCGCUGGCUCGAUUGAGACUGGAGACUGCAUGGGCCAAUCAGAUGACAUGGUAUACAGCCUGUGUCGUCAACUUUUGCUUCGAAGGCAAUGAACCACAGGACGAAAGGACCCACAAACUGGGACGAUGGCAAGAACUCUGGGAUUCCGUCCAUACAUGGGCUGAAGAGAGACCUAAUGGAUUUGAUCCAAUCUGGCAAGGUCCAGCUAGCGACCAUGGCAUAUUCCCUGAGAUAUGGUUCACGACGGACUGGCAUGUCGUGUCGUUCGGUUUCUAUCACUUCUCGUGCAUAUUAUUGCUUAGCUAUAAGCCGGGUCCAAAGUUUGCAAUUCGUAGUUCUGGAAGGCUGUCAGAGGUAGACCGUCAGAUUCUAGAGCAUGCACGAGCCAUAUGUGGCGCGUGCAAAAGCUCGCCGGAGACUGUACCUAUAUCGAUAACACUGUGCCACACCAUUUUCAUCUGGGGACCGCUCGUAGCCGAUCCACAAGAACGGACUGAAGUGUUACAGCUUCUUGUCAAAUUCGAGAGCACUCAUCUUUGGCCGACUACCUGGAUCAUCAAUGCGCUCAAAGCAGAGUGGGGAACAGAUUGAAUUUCACAGACUCAGGCUGAACUCGAGACAUCAGCAUUUUCGGGUCGCGGGUGUACGUGGCAAAAGUUCAAGUCGAACGUGGAUAUGCUCCUUUGUUUUCUCUUCAUCAGGACUGGAAUGCGUGACAGGAAUUGCAUGGUGCUGCAUCAUGAUGCGAGCAACGAAGGACCGCUCGCUGGUGACAACUUACCUACGCCCUGACGGUACGCAUGCUUUCAACAUGAGUAUUAAGGGUAAUCCGAAUCCUUAAACCGCCAUCGAUAUUAGGCGCUUGGCCGCACAGUCUUGGAGAAAUGCGAU